AAUAAUAAAAUAAAAUAAUACAAGAAAUCCUAGAUCCUUUUAAAGGUGGUUGACUCUGUCCAGGGGGCUUAAACAGUUGAAGGCUUUGAGGUGUUGAUGGGCAAACUCAGGAACUGAUCAAAGGUCCACUUAGGGCCACAAUGUUCUGCGAGGCGGUCGUAAAGUGAGGCACCCAGCCCAGACUGGUGCUUCGGAUCAUCCCUUGAUGUCUUGAUGUCUCUCUUGGCCCAACAGUUGCAGACGCUGGAGACUCUGGUGGGCAGGAGCCCCGACCAGCUUCCCCAGGGAGAGGAAGAGGCGAGCGAAUAUUUCCGAAAACUGGUUAAUGGAGACUUCCUGCAACAGGUUAUGCAAAUGAUCGACCUGAUUCCUAGAGGACCUCCAUCUGCUUGGAGAAAUGACAACAGAGAGGAAGAGAGAUUGCAGGCGCUUCAAAUAGUCCUCCAAAGGCUGCAGAAUUUCUACAGGGAUGAGCUCCACCAGGUGAUCCUUUCUUCACCUCCAAAUCUCUAUGUUAUGGUCAGAGAGCCUUUCACAGCGCAGGCCGUCCAGGAGAUGAAGAAAUUGGUGCAGCUCUUGCUAGGAAGUGCCGUUCAGUGUGAACAGCGAGAUGUGUUCAUUGGCCAAAUCCAGUCACUGGACAUCAGUGUCCAAGCUACUUUGGCAUCUGCUAUCAAAGAGGUGAGCCAGGAACCGGAAAAUGUCCUGGGGUUGCAGUGGAGAGAGAUGGACCCUUCCAGCAUGCAACAGCUCCUGUGGGAUGUUGGGGCCCGAGUUCAAAAGCUGGUCGCCGAGCGAGAUGCGGGAUUGGAGCAACUGUGGGAGCUGACCCGGAAACAGGGAGCCCCCCCUGUGGCCCAGCUGGAGAGCAACCACGCCCACCUGGGGGUUCAGCUUGCCGAACGUCAAGCCCAUGUGCGCCGUCUGCAAGCCGAGCUGGCGAGGAAGAUGGAGGAGCUGCUGGAUCAACAAGAGGAAUCCAGGAAUUUGGAGCAGCAGCUUCGAAAGAGUCAACAAGAGAACCGCACGUUGGCAGGCGAGGUGCGCCAAGCCAGGUUGUACCAGGACGAAUUGGAUGCCUUGAGAGAGAAGGCGUUCCGGGCGGAGCGGCUUCAGUCGGAGCUGACGGCCUUGCGGGAAAGGAUACCAGCUCUGGAACGAUGCCGGGCGCAGCUCAAGGAGGAGCGUGACUUCACCAAGGCUUUGUUGGAGGCAAAAGCCAUGAUGGAGGAAGAACUAGACGCCGUUCACGCCCGAGACCAGCGCCUGAGUCUAGCAGAGAAAGAAAACCUGCGCCUGCAGAACCACUUGAACCAGAUCCAAGAGGAAUGGGAGCAGCUUUCUUGCCAAUCGGAGGAGCUUUCGAGGGAGAAUUUCCUCCUGAAAAAGCAGCUGGGAGAAACUUUGAAGAAUGCUCCGAGAGAAUCGUGGUCUGAGUAUUCUCACCUGGAUACAAAUGACUUCCCCGAAGUUCCCCUUUUGCUGCACUGUGAGAUGAAGGAGUCCGAUCGAUUGCUAGCUGUGGAAAAAGAGAACCGGGAACGUCGUAGGAUGCAGCUUACGUUGGGAUCAAAGAAGAUGGAAGCAGAGCUGAAGGACGCCAACCUUGAUGGGCUGCCAGAACGGCGGCCCGGCCAGGCAGAAGAAGAGAACUUCGAUGAUCAAGCACACAAACCAGGGAUUUCGCCGCACCGAAAGACCGAAAGGGAGGAAGGCCAGGCCCCGAAACAGGAAUCGGAGACCUCGCUAACUGAAAUGAAGGCUGCCUUGUCCAGUGCUCAGGCUCGACUGCGGGAGGCCGAGCAGGCGCGGGAGGCUGAAUCAAGACGUGCCGCGAGCUUUGAGGAGACGCUGAAUGGCAUCCAAGGUGCGUACGCCGAAGCCCAGAAGGAAUGUGAGCGGUGGCAUGCGGAGGCCGGGCGCCUGGUUGAAGAGAUCCAGGCGUUAGAGCGGGAGAAGGAGACGUUAAAUGCCGGAUCGCGGGUUUUGCAAGAAGCAGCCACCCGCGCUGAGGUCGACUUAAACCAGGCGCAGCAAAGCCUUCAGAAGGAGCGUCUUCGGGGCGCCCAGUUAGACCAGACGCUCCGACGAAAGGACGAAGAUUUGGCCGAAGCUCAACAGGAGCUACAGAACCUGCAACGGAGCGUGGAAGAGCUCAGGGUCACCUUGGCUCAGCUGGAGGUCGAGAAAGGGGCUUUGGAAGAAGCGUUGAGCCGGGCCGAGAGCGGCCGGCGGCAAGCGGAGAAGGACGGCUGGCGGCUGGCAGCCAAAACUCAGGCGCAAGAGGAGGCGCUGGCUGAGCAGGGACGCCAGCUGGCCCUCCUGGAGGCUCAAACACGCCAGCAGGCCGCAGAUCACGCCAGCCUGCAAGGGGUUCUCCAAAGUCUCGGGGAGCUGGAAGAGGAGAACGUGAACUUGAGAAAGCAACUGGAGGAUAAGGAGAAAGCAGCCACCAUUUUGGAGCAGGAGCUGGCGAGAGAAAGGGCUGGGCCCUCCAAAGGCAAUGCAGCUGAGCCACAAGGCCACCCGCCGGAGGAACAGCAAAAACCUCAGCCAGAGACGGAGAGCAGUUGCAAAGGCCGGCCUGAGGGCGCCCUCGUCAGGCAGUUCGAGGAACUGCACCUCCCCAAGGAGCCACUGCUUCAAACACAGGAGGCAGUUCUCCAGGCUGAGAAUUUGGCGCUCACCGGACGCCUGACCCAACUGGAGUCCCUGGCCAGCAGCCUUCAGACGGUGCUGGCAGGCCUGACGCGGCAACAAUCAGAAGGCCAGGAAGGAAACGGGGGACCCCAGCCUCAAAACAGCCCCUCGCAGCGGCCUCUCCUGCUACGGCAGCUGUCUGAAGUCCGGCAGAGGUCGGGGCACCACGAGGCCGAAGUCCAGACGCUCCGGCUGGAGGCGGAGGGAUGGCGGAGACGCUACGAGCAACUCUGCCUGGAUCACGAUCGCUUGAUGCUGCUACACCGACAGCAAGGGGACGAGAUGGAGAGGACGCUAAGCGAGCAAGCGGGACUGAAGGCAGCGCUGCGCGGCCUGGAGAAGGAACAGCGCGAACUGGAGGGCAGGCACAACCAGCUGUUGGGACAGAAGACCAGCCUGGACCUACAAGAGGUGGCGUUGCAGGCCCAGAAGGAACGGCUCGAGCUAGCCGAGCGACGGCACCAGGAUUUGGCCGAGCAAUACGCCAAAUUAAAAGAAGAACAUGAACGGGUCCAACGGGCAUUGGCCCAGACCGAACGAGGCCACGAUGACCUCCAGGGUGAGCUCCAGGGGACGCAGAACCGGAUGACCGGCCUGCAAUUGGAGCAGGCAAAGCUGGAAGCCGAAAACGCUGCCUUGAAAGAGCAGAACCAGCAGCUGGACACGGCCUUGGGGCGCCUGAGCACCCAAUGUGAGCUCCUAGUGCAGUUGAAGGGCAAGCAGGAGGAAGAGAACAGGCACCUUCUUCUGGAGAUCCAGCUGUUGAGCAGGGAGAACAGGCAGCUGUUGGAGCGCAGCAUGGAAAACCGAGAACAUUUUCAGGAGGAGCAGCGUCAGUACCAAGACAAAUUAGGCGAAUUGCGUCGAGAGAAGCAGAAACUGGUUGAGAAAAUCAUGGACCAGUACCGGGUCCUGGAUCCUGCAAUUCCCCGUGGCAAGAAGAGUAACUGGAUUGCUGGCAAGAUCAGGAGACUGAUGAAACUUCGACGGGAACAGCCGCGUCCCAUGGCGGAGGGAGCCGGCAGCAGCAGCGAGAGCUUGGCGGGGCCCGAGGAACAGGGGCUUGAGAGUAGAGUUUCCAGCACGUCCAGCUCGCCGUCUCUUCUCCGCAAAGCAAGCAGCAUCGCCAGCCUCCCGGAGAGCCCGCCAGUCCACUUCCGCCGUUGCCGUCUCAGUUCCCGGAUGCCCGUAACAGAACCUUCCGGGUCCGGGGACGAAGAAGGGGGCCAGGAUACCCCCAGACAGCGUUUUCGGCAACGCCGACUGGGCGUCUUGUGGGGGUCUCUGGAACAGACUGGGGUCCCUGUGGAAGAGUCAGGACCCCCAAGCCAAUUGUCCACAACCAGCGAGGAGGAAAGAGGCCGGCCACCGGGCGAGGAGGAUCCAACUUCAAGCUGCCUCUUGUGAUAUUCUGAUGUUCCCUUCCCACCGACCAGCCACACAAACGCCGAAGCCACAACCGGAUUCACAAAGACGCAGAAGCUAGCAAGGGAAGUCCCGUUUCCUGAAAGAUAUGCGACAACUCUGUGUGGACACGACAAGGCCAUCCACUCUGGGGUGAUGCCCAUGAGUUGCUGGAAUCUACUGGUGUUCUCACCGAGGCUUCCCGAGAGCCUGAAGCCAACUCCUUGUCCCGACAAAAAAUCCUUUUAUUAAUUGGCUGUGAAU